AUGUAUACCCUCAACCUCAUACCCAGCGAUUCCUCCAACACCAACUCCCUCCCUGCGUACAGCAAAGAGCCCCUCCUUCCGAGAUACGACAGCUGCAAUACCCUCACCACGCAGCCCUCUCGCACCGCAUGGCCGGGUACUGAGACUGCCGUGACAACUACGAAUUCCAGGGCAGCCAGACCCUCUCGCGCAGAAUUCUGGGCCAAGACUUUCUUGACGUUUGUCUUUUUGGCGACGGUGGUGCUGGCGGGUCUGGGGGCCGCUUGGAUUAUUCCUGGUCCGGUGCCUAGAAAUGGUCCAAUGUAA